AGUCAAAAAUUGGCGCCGUUGCCGGAGAAUUGAUUUCACUUGUUUGUUUGUUUUUUUUCAUGACCAGAUCUGAACACAGGGACACACUGCCCUUUGAUCCAGAAAUUGAACGCACUCUCAGAAGACUUAGAAAGCAAGCCGCAGAAGCUUCAUCUGAAGCAACCGAAUUUUACCAACAAGCUGCACCAAUGGCUGAACCUAUUCCACAAGAUGCUGCCCCAAAUGGACUUGCUGUCCAGAACCAAAUAGUUCAAGAAAAUCCAGCAGUUAGGCCCCAAGAACAAAGAGAAAGAACUAUGGGAGAAUUGGCAACCCCUGUAGGUGACUAUGCACCACUUUGCAUCACCUACCCACCUCUGACAGUUCCCUUUGAACUGAAGACAGAAAAUGGUGUAAAAGGACAAUUUGGAGAAAAUCCCCCUAAAACUGCCUUAUUUGGAGUAAAAGAGAGCAAGUCUGCCAAAUUAAAUCCAAAACGAGCUAAGACGGGAAAAAUAUUUUGAAGAUUAAAUAUUCAAGCAACUUUGCAAACGUGGACCAAGCUCAACUCACGCCCAUGGAUAAAGCCCCUGCACCUUCAAUUCGCGUGGACCCGCCCGCGCGCAAAGCCCAGCGCAUGGACCCGCCGAAGCUCCUCUCUGCACGUGGACCGCUUCAUCCAUUCCAGCACCCAACACUCACGCGGCCCGCUUCUCCACCUUACACUUCACGCGAACCAAGCCCGCGCAUCCUUCACCAACGCGCACGUGGACCGCCUAGGCUUCAAUUUUAACACUGUGGACCAGCACAAUGGCCCGCCAAGCACUUCCUCAACUCCAACGGUUAGACAGCCCAUCUCACGCAAUGGACCAAGGCCAUUCUUCCAUGUGGCCCACACUUCCGCUUCAAUGCUCACAGCGCACAUGGACCGCGCCUCACCUCUUCACAUGGAUCAAUCUUCACGCAUGGCCCGCGCCUCACCAAGCCAUCUACACACGUGGGCAGCCAAUUAGGGCGACUCCUCUGGCUCUAUUUAAAUAGCUCUUCAGUGGAAGGACAAGGGACAAUUCUCAUUCGGCAAUUUCCGCCGCUCCAAGCGCACAGGCAGAAUUCAAGAUUUCAACCUCGGUUUCGUUUUCUUUUCCUUUUAAUUUUCUGUUUUUAAUUCAGCUAAUAAGUGGCUGAUUUCUUUAAUUCUAGUUGAGGAUUGGUUGAAACUAAGGUUGUUUAAUGGGUUGUGAGAUCUGAAC